UCGUGCAACUUCCGGUAUGAUGUGUAGCUUCCGUCUCUCAGUUGAAACGUCACAUGCGGAAGUGCCAACAUGGAGGACGAAGCUUCCACUGAUUCCCUCCUGAGAGAAGGUUGCUACGCUGACUUCCUGGCCGAGGACUUUGACGUGAAGACGUACACAGCUCAGGCUAUUCACCAUGCUGUCAUCGCUGAGCAGCUGGGCAAGCUGGCACAGGGCAUCAGUCAGCUGGACAAGGAGCUGCACAGCCAGGUUGUGGCCAGACAUGAGGACUUGCUGUCUCAGGCCACUGGGAUCGAGUCCCUGGAAGGAGUUCUUCAGAUGAUGCAGACGAGGAUCAGCGCUCUGCAGGCAGCUGUUGACAGGAUAAGGACCAAGAUCGUCGACCCGUACAACAAGAUCGUGGCCAGGAUCACCCAGCUGGCCCGACUGCAGGUGGCCUGUGACCUGCUGCGGAGGAUCAUUCGCAUCCUGUACCUGAGCAAGAGGCUCCAGGGUCAGCUCCAGGGAGGCAGCCGGGAGAUCACCAAGGCUGCUCAGAGCCUCAACGAACUCGACUACCUGUCUCAAGGUGUGGAUCUGAGCGGCAUCGAGGUGAUAGAGAACGACCUGCUGCUGAUCAGCAGAGCCCGGCUGGAGGUGGAGAACCAGGCCAAGAGACUGCUGGAGCAGGGCAUGGAGAUCCAGAACCCGACCCAGGUGGGCACGGCCCUGCAGGUCUUCUAUAACCUGGGCAGUCUGAGAGAGACCAUCGGUUCUGUGGUGGGGGGUUACCGGACCACCAUACAGGACAACAUCACCGGUGCUCUGGACAUCAAGGGCCUGACCCAGCCGUCCAACCCCCGAGGUGCACCAGGCAGAGCGGUGCUGCCGACACCGGGCCACACAGCGGCUUUCCGGGCCGCUCUGUGGACCAACCUGGAGAAACUGAUGGACCAGAUCUGUGCUGCAUGCAGACAGGUGCAACAUCUGCAGAAGGUCCUGAUGAAGAAGAGAGACCCUGUAACUCAUGUGUGCUUCAUCGAUGAGAUCAACAAGGACGGUCAGCCUGAUCUCCUCUACACCUUCUGGACUGAUGUCACCAGCACACUGAGUGAGGAGUUCCACAGAGCAACUGAAGCCUCGUCCUUCCUGAAGCAGGCCUUUGAAGGAGAGUAUCCGAAGCUGCUGCGACUGUACAACGAGCUGUGGCGCCGCCUGCAGCAGUACAGCGCCAGCCUGCAGGGGGCGCUGAUGAGCAGCGGAGGAAUGGACGCGUCUCUGGACAUCACGGCCACGGAGACGGACAGCCAGGACCUCUUCACACACGGAAAACAGGACUACAACCCAGAGAAGGCUCUGAAGGACUCUCUGCAGCUGUACGAGGCAGCCUACCUGUCCAAGUCCCUCUCUCGCCUGUUUGAUCCCAUCAACCUGGUGUUCCCCAUGAGCGGACGCAACCCGCCCUCCAACGACGAGCUGGACAGCAUCAUCAAGACCAUCAGCAGUGAGCUGAACGUAGCAUCAGUAGAUCCUAACCUCUCUCUGGCCGUCUCCAAGAACGCUGCCAAGACCGUCCAGCUCUUCUGUGUCAAGAGUGAGCAGCUGCUGUGCACUCAGGGUGAUGCCAGUCAGGUGAUCGGUCCGUUAACGGAGGGCCAGAGGAGGAACGUCGCUGUGGUCAACUCCCUCUACCGUCUGCAGCAGGCCGUCUCCAAGAUGAUCUCAGGGUUGGGAUCGUGUCCUCCGGUGGCUGCAGAGGCUCUCUCUUCUUCUCUGGAGGGAGUCCAGGUCCUGAUGAGCAGCGCCGUGCAGCCUCUCCUGCAGUCAGUGAGCGACUCCAUCGAGGCCAUCAUCAUCACGCUGCACCAGGAGGACUUCUCAGGGCCUCUGUCCAGCCCCGAUAAGCCAGAUGUUCCGUGCUCUCUGUACAUGAAGGAGCUGCAGGGCUUCAUCUCCAGAGUGAUGGCCGACUACUUCAGACACUUCCAGUGUGUGGACUUCAUCUACGAGAGCACCGAGGCCAUCGCCCAGAGAGCCAUCGAGCUGUUCGUACGCCACACCUCCCUGCAGCGCCCCCUGGGGGAGGGAGGCAAGAUGAGGCUGGCUGCUGACUUCGCUCAGAUGGAGUUGGCUGUAGCUCCUCUCUGCAGGAGAGUCUCUGAUCUGGGGAAACCGUACAGGAUGCUGCGCUCCUUCAGGUGUGUAUGCUGCUCUCAUCACAUCAUUCAGAGGAAGAGGAGGGAUCUUCAUCCUCUCAGUAGAGAUACUGUGAGGUGUCUUCAUCCAGAACCAGAGUCUAGUUCAGGUCCAGUUCAGAUGAAACCAGAUCAUGAACAACAGAACUUCUAGAUGAUCUGUAGUUAAUGUGGUGAAACAUGGAGAGACACCAGGACGGUCCUCUCAGCUGGACUGGGUCCAUUAUACACUAGAUUACAUUCUGUUCUGUUCUACUCUACUCUACUGUGUUCUACUGUGUUC